GACCGGGCACGAGUCAGCUGACGCGCAAGGGUUUGAAGCGGCGCCGCGAGGGAGCGAGACCGCAGUGACAGCGGCGGGCGCUGGUGCCCUGGCUGCUCCGCCGCGCCCGCCGGCGUCCGGCGCUCCCCGCCCCGGGAUGGCAGCCCCCGGGGGCUGGGGUGGCUCAGAGGCCGAGCACCUCCCGACCGCCAGCCCCGGGUAUGGGACCCAGGCGGGGGCUUCGCCGGCCCCUCCGGCCCCUCUGGAAGAAGAAGACCUCCGCCGCCGUCUCAAGUACUUCUUUAUGAGUCCCUGUGACAAGUUUCGGGCCAAGGGCCGCAAGCCCUUUAAGCUGAUGCUGCAAGUGGUUAAGAUCUUGGUAGUCACUGUCCAGCUCAUCCUUUUUGGGCUCAGCAACCAGCUGGUAGUGACAUUCCGCGAGGAGAACACCAUUGCCUUCCGCCACCUCUUCCUUCUGGGCUACUCCGAUGGGGCAGAUGACACCUUCGCCGCCUAUACGCGGGAGCAGCUCUACCAGGCUAUCUUCUAUGCUGUGGACCAGUACCUGAUGCUCCCUAAUGUGUCGCUGGGCCACUACGCAUAUGUACGGGGCGGGGGCAGCCCCUGGGCCAAUGGCUCAGCCCUGGCCCUCUGCCAGCGGUACUACCACCGCGGCCACGUGGACCCAGCCAAUGACACCUUUGACAUCGACCCAAUGGUUGUCACUGAUUGCAUCCGGGUGGACCCCCCUGAGAGACCCUUUGUGCCCCCCAGUGAUGACUUCUCUCUCUCGGACGGCAGCGCCAGUUACAAGAACCUCACGCUCAAAUUCCACAAGCUGAUCAACGUCACCAUCCACUUCCAGCUGAAGACCAUCAACCUUCAAAGCCUGAUCAACAAUGAGAUCCCCGACUGCUACACCUUCAGCAUCCUGAUCACGUUUGACAAUAAGGCAUUCAGCGGACGUGUCCCCAUCAGCCUGGAGACCCAGGUCCACAUCCAGGAGUGUAAGCACCCCAGUGUCUUCAGGCAUGGAGACAACAGCUUCCGGCUCCUGUUUGACGUGGUGGUGAUCCUCACCUGCUCCUUCUCCUUCCUGCUGUGUGCCCGCUCCCUGCUCCGUGGCUUCCUGCUGCAGAACGAGUUUGUGGGGUUCAUGUGGCGGCAGCGGGGACGGGCCAUCAGCCUGUGGGAGCGGCUGGAAUUUGUUAACGGCUGGUACAUCCUGCUGGUCACCAGCGAUGUGCUCACCAUCUCGGGCACCAUCAUGAAGAUCGGCAUUGAAGCUAAGAACUUGGCCAGCUACGAUGUCUGCAGCAUCCUCCUGGGCACCUCGACGCUGCUGGUCUGGGUCGGUGUCAUCCGCUACCUGACCUUCUUCCACAAGUACAACAUCCUCAUUGCCACGCUGCGGGUGGCCCUGCCCAGCGUCAUGCGCUUCUGCUGCUGUGUGGCUGUCAUCUACCUGGGCUACUGCUUCUGCGGCUGGAUCGUGCUGGGGCCCUACCACGUGAAGUUCCGCUCGCUGUCCAUGGUGUCGGAGUGCCUGUUCUCGCUCAUCAAUGGGGAUGACAUGUUUGUGACGUUUGCGGCGAUGCAGACGCAGCAGGGCCGCAGCAGCCUCGUCUGGCUCUUCUCCCAGAUCUACCUUUACUCCUUCAUCAGCCUCUUCAUCUACAUGGUGUUGAGCCUCUUCAUCGCGCUCAUCACCGGUGCCUAUGACGCCAUCAAGCACCCCGGCAGCACGGGCGUGGAGCCCAGCGAGCUGCAGGCCUACAUCGCGCAGUGCCAGGACAGCCCCACCUCCGGCAAGUUCCGCCGCGGGAGCGGCUCGGCCUGCAGCCUGUGCUGCUGCGGCCGGAGCAGGAGCAGGGACGCCUCGGAGGAGCGACCGCUGCUGGUGAACUGACCCGGACCCGGACCGGGACCGCGGAGAGCCGGGCUGGCCAUUCUUAGGGUUGGCGUUUAGGACUGGCUCUCGCACCCUGUGCAGGCGUGGGCCACCGGGUCGGACAAGCGUAGGGUGGAUGUUAAAUAAAAAAGGAAAAUACA